AUGGAAAAGCUAGCUCGUCCCAUUCUUCAGCAGCUAAGCCGCCCACGCCCAGGAUACCCCUUCACAAUCCCGGCUCUCUACGGUAGACGACGAUACGCAAUGCAUACGGUUCCUCCAUUGAAAGAUAAAUCCCUCCUGAUUGGCAAAUGCUAUGUCAAUGGAGAAUGGGUGGACGCGAAGAGUGGGGAAACGUUCGAAGUGCAAGAUCCUUCCACAGGAAAGCUCAUUGGAACUUGUCCCGAAUUCACCACUGAAGACACCCAAAAAGCCAUCGAUGCAGCAGUUGCGGCUUUUCCUUCCUUUCGAAAAACACUGGCGCGGGAGCGGGCUCGUAUGCUGCGAAGAUGGUAUCAAUUGAUGAUGGAAAAUGCAGAAGAUCUUGCGACACUUAUCACUUGGGAGAACGGGAAACCGUAUGCGGAUGCAAAGGGCGAAGUAGCCUAUGCCGCGAAUUUCUUUGAAUGGUUCAGCGAAGAGGCACCGAGGAUAUACGGAGAUACCAUCCCAUCAUCUGUCCCUGGGAACAGGAUCAUAACACUAAAAGAGCCCGUUGGAGUCUGCGGGUUUAUUACACCGUGGAACUUCCCCGCCGCCAUGGUCACCAGGAAGAUUGGCCCUGCCUUGGCAGCCGGCUGUACAGUCGUUGCAAAAUCCCCAGGCGAGACACCAUUCACUGCAAACGCCAUUGCGGAACUAGCGCACCGGGCUGGAAUUCCAAAGGGGGUUGUAAAUUUCGUGACUGCGAUGAAGAACACUCCGGAGGUUGGCUUGUGCUUGACCACCAACCCGGAAAUCCGUAAAGUUUCGUUUACUGGAUCGACCAAUGUUGGAAAGCUGCUGAUGAAGCAAUCUUCAUCGACAGUAAAGAAGCUCUCCUUUGAACUGGGUGGAAAUGCCCCAUUCAUCGUAUUCGAUGACUGCCCUGACCUUGAUGCGGCGGUUGCCGGCGCCAUCGCUUCCAAGUUCCGCAGCUCGGGCCAAACCUGCGUUUGCGCCAAUCGCAUAUACAUCCAAAAGGGGAUCUACGAUGAAUUUUCCUCUAAAUUCUCCGAGAAGGUCAAGGGCUUCAAGCUCGGCCACGGCUUCGACGAAGGCGUCACUCAUGGACCCGUCAUCCACUCUCGUGCCGUUGACAAGGUCGCUCAGCAUGUUCGGGACGCAGAGGAGAAAGGAGGAAAAGUUAUCAUCGGCGGAAAGGCUGCAGGAGAAUUUGGUCCGAAUUUCUUCCAUCCUACUGUUAUCACGGGCAUGACAAAAGAUAUGUUGAUGGCUUCCGAGGAGACCUUUGGUCCGGUAGCCGGUCUUUUCCCAUUCGAGACGGAGAAGGAUGUCGUGGAGUUGGCCAACAAGGCGGAAGUUGGAUUGGCGGGAUACUUUUUCAGUAGGGAUAUCCAAAGAGUUUACCGCGUCGCUGAGGCUCUCGAGGUUGGCAUGGUUGGCGUCAACACAGGGAUCAUCAGCGACCCUGCGGCACCAUUUGGCGGAGUCAAGGAGAGUGGAUUUGGCCGUGAAGGCAGUAAAUACGGAGUGGAUGAGUUCCUCACGAUUAAAACCAUUACUUUCGGAGGCAUGGGCGCAGAGCUUCAGGGGAAUUAA